GCAGGCGGUGAUCAUUACUCGGUAGUGCGCAGGAAGAAGAUUGUGGAGGGGGGGGCUUCGCGCGCUUGUCGUGUUGCUUGGCGGAUUUUCACUUGGUCUUGGUACGGUUCGAUUCUGUUUGUGGGGGCGAGAGAGAUGUGAGGAUGGUAUUGAAGCCGCGCUCGGAGAGACGGGGAGAUGGCGAAACGGGACAUCACGGCGGCGGCGGCGGCGGCACCGUCUGGGUCGAGGAGGAUGCGGAUGUGGAUGCUGCGCGCCACCACGUCGGUGCUGCUGUGGACGUGUAUAGUGCAGCUGACGGCGCUGGGAGAGACGUGGGGUCCGAGGGUGUUGAAAGGGUGGCCUUCCUGCAAUCAUCGGGGUCGGUCGCCCCUGGCAACCGGAGCUAAGGAGGCGGUCAGGGUCAAGGUCUCUUCCGGAGACCAACCUCGGCGUGUGUUCCCUCCCAAGAGGGUUUACAAGAACAAUGGAUACUUGAUGGUCUCUUGCAAUGGAGGACUUAAUCAAAUGAGAGCAGCGAUUUGCGACAUGGUUGCCAUUGCUAGAUUCAUGAAUGUCACGCUCAUCGUCCCUGAGCUGGAUAAAACUUCCUUUUGGGCUGACCCCAGUGAGUUUCAUGACAUAUUCGAUGUCGAUCAUUUCAUCACCUCUUUGAGAGAUGAGGUUCGAAUCUUAAAGGAGUUGCCGCCCAGGCUCAAGAGUAGAGUGGAACGGGGAAGAAUUUAUUCCAUGGCGCCAACCAGUUGGUCAGACAUUUCUUACUAUCGUCACCGGAUUCUUCCCCUCAUACAGAAGCACAAAGUUGUACAUUUCAAUAGAACUGAUGCCCGACUUGCCAACAAUGGCCAACCGCUGCAGCUUCAGAGGCUGCGUUGCCGGGUGAAUUUUAGUGCUUUGAAGUUCACUCCUCAGAUAGAGGAGCUGGGAAGAAAGGUUGUAAAGCUUCUAAGGAGAACUGGUCCUUUUCUAGUGCUUCACCUUAGAUAUGAGAUGGACAUGUUGGCCUUUUCAGGCUGUACUCUCGGUUGCAAUGAUGACGAGGUGGAAGAGUUGACAAGAAUGAGAUACGAUUACGAGCAGUGGAAAGUUAAGAAAAUCGAUUCUGAUGAGCAGAGGAUUGAGGGUCUUUGUCCUUUGACUCCUGAAGAGACUGCUCUUACAUUGAAGGCUCUGGACAUUGAUCGGAAUAUGCAAAUUUUUGUUGCUGCUGGUGAAAUAUAUGGUGGAGAAAGAAGAAUGGCGACUCUCGCUAGGUCUUAUCCAAAACUGUUUAAAAAGGAGACACUACUAGAGUCCUCAGACCUAAAAGCUUUUCAGAAUCACUCGUCACAGAUGGCAGCAUUAGAUUAUCUUGUAUCCUUGGAAAGUGAUGUUUUUGUUCCCACCUAUGACGGGAAUAUGGCUAAGGUUGUUGAAGGACAUCGUAGGUUUCUUGGUUUCAAGAAGACAAUCUUAUUGGAUAGAAGGCUUCUUGUGGAGUUGAUAGACCAGUUCAGUAGUGGAAAUUUAAGUUGGGAAGAGUUCUCUUCUGCUGUUAAGGAAGUCCAUGCAUUCCGUGUCGGCAAUCCCACAAGGAGGUUGGUCAUUCCAGAUAGACCUAAAGAAGAGGAAUACUUUUAUGCAAACCCACAAGAAUGCCUAAGAUCAUCUGCGAUGCAUAAUUGGUUGUUGGUUGGGAGAUCCUGAUUUUUUCAAUUGGCUUCUGCAACCCUAGCUAUUUGCAGAGAUCUUUGACCUCUUCAUCAUAUCACUAUGACCAAAAGAGUUUUGUUCUGAAAGGGCCAUCAAGUGAGAUACCAGAAGAGUUAACCCUUUAAUAAAGGGUCAAAUCCCGCAGAAGCUACAGGGGCACAAUCCAACCGUCUCUGCCAUGCCAAUUAUUCAAUUGAUGUACAGAAGCUAUCAUGCCAUUAUGGGGUCGUGUUCGAUCAAAUUGCUUGUGCACUUCCACAGCAGACGCAAAUAUAGAUGCGGUUUGCCGCAACUGUGAAUUCAAGGAAGGCAAUCCACAUCCCCUCAUUGGCUGCAAUCCUCCUUUCUCCUUCUCAUUAGCUGCUGCCAUUUCUUCUCAAUACACAUUCUCUUCAAUUUCUUUACACAUCUGAAGCAAUUGGCAACAUGAUUAGGAAUACUCGUUGGACAGGAAUGUCAUGUUAUUUCUCCUAGGUCUUUUUCUUUUCUUAUUUUGGUGCAUAAGUAACUGCAGCUUUGCUGGUCAUCUUUGCUAAUAUGUCCGCAGAUUUAAAGCAAGUGUUUCUGUCGUCAUGUUGACAACCAUGAAAUGUUGGAUAGAGCUUCAUGCAAUUGGCAGUUGACACAUUUGGUUA